CUCUCCGUGCCCUCCGAAGAAGAAGAAGAAGAUGGUGUCAGACAGAGGAGGGGGGAGGAAGAGAGGGGGGUGGCCGAGCUGUCCCGGGACGACUGUCUCUGUCCCGUCUGUCUGGAGAUCUUCAUGGAGCCGGUUACUCUGCCCUGCACACACUCCUUCUGCAAGGUGUGUUUCCUGGAGUCCGUGGACAAGGCCACCCUAUGCUGUCCCCUGUGCAGGAAGAGGGUGUGUUUCCUGGAGUCCGUGGUUAAGAUCAUGUCUGUGUGUUGCCAGGUGUGUUUCCUGGAGUCCGUGGUUAAGAUCAUGUCUGUGUGUUGCCAGGUGUGUUUCCUGGAGUCCGUGGUUAAGAUCAUGUCUGUGUGUUGCCAGGUGUGUUUCCUGGAGUCCGUGGUUAAGAUCAUGUCUGUGUGUUGCCAGGAAGUGGGUGUCCACGUGGUGUGUGUGCCGGACCAACACGUGGUGGACCAAGUGAGUGAGCCUGGAGAGCUGAAGCAGGAAUACGAGGAACAGGUGACUAAACUGACGGAGGAGAAGAGAGCUCUAGACGAGGAGGAGGCCAGGGCCAGCCAGGUGUUGAUCCAGAAGCUUCUGGCUGAGGAGCAGAAGAUGGUCCAGGAGGAGAUGAAGAGGAGAGAGGAGGACGAGAGGCUGGCUCGCCUGCUCAGCUCUCAGCUGAACUCCGGUCCGGUCUCUCAGGAGAACUUCGGUCCUGUUAACGCCACUCCAGCCAAGAAGAGGAAGAAGGAGGUCAGCGGACAGAUGGACCGGUUCUUGUGUCCUCUUCCAUCUAACAGCAUGUUUACAGCCAACAAGGUGGAUCGGCCCCUCCCCAAACUGGAUUACUACGGCGCUGUGACAGAGCCCCCCCCUCACAGACCAGCCCCUCCUCCUCUCUCUGUGGAGGAGGACCUUCAGCUUCCUGCAGGACGGCCGGGGUCCGAGAGGAAGAGCUUGGACCCCUCCUCCUCCUCGGCCCUGCAGGAGGGGUCAGAGGGGGGGCUGUCAGCCUGGGGGGGGGCAGACUGGGAGGUGCAGCUCCAGAGCAGACGGCUGCAGGAGGAGCAGGACCGGCAGCUGGCCCUGCAGCUCCAGAAACAGCUGGACCAGGAGGAGAAACGGAGGGCUACGAGCCGACGCAAAGGCUCCUCAGACCAGUACCUGCUCCGCCCAAACCUCCGCAGACAGUCCUCCUCCUCCUCAGACCCCCCCACCACAGCCUCAGACCCCCCCACCUCAGCCUCAGACCCCCCCACCUCAGCCUCAGACCCCCCCACAGCCUCAGCCUCAGACCAGUACCUGCUCCGCCCUAACCUCUGCAGACAGUCCUCCUCCAGGGCCUCAGCCACCACCGGUACAGCCUCUGGUAACUCCUCCACCGCUCCGUCUGCAAAGACAACGUCUGCAAAGACAACGUCUGCAAAGACUCCAACGUCUGCAAAGACUCCAACGUCUGCAAAGACAACGUCUGCAAAGACUCCAACCUGUGUGAAGACUCCACCGUCCAGCAGCAGAGUCCGUAAACAGACGACUCUGACGGAGAUGUUCUCCAGCAGCUGAACGCUGACACACCUCGUAAAGCUGCUUUCAUUUCCUUUUAGUUCCCCUGGAGACGCUACAUGGCCAGCUGAUGGAGCAGCCCGGGCCUGGGCCUGGUCCUGGGCCUGGUCCUGGGCCUGGUCCUGGGCCUGGGCCUGGGCCUGGUCCUGGGCCUGG